UUCUGCAAACUGAUUUUGAUUGAUGAAACCGAAGAACAUACCAGAAUGAAAAUCUAAAUCCGGCGGAAACAAUUUAACAUCUCCGAAAGCAUAGCCCAUUAAUUUAAAUAGAGGUAUAUACUUAACUUUAUUACUCACUGUUUUGGAAGUGAGAAGCAAAUUACGCUAAACUUUUUUUUUUUUUUUUGUCUUUAUUACUCUACUAGUUUUUCUCCUAAUUACUGUACAUGACUUAUGGCUCAGUUACUCUAUAAUUAACCAGUCCACACCCUUAGGUAACAACACUCUCCACUUCCAAGUAUUGAACCCUUACCUCCGCAAGCUCACCUGAAACUAUUUCCCUCUCACUUACUCUCAUGUUCGGAGUCACGACAAAACUGGAUGAUCUAAUGGGUACCACAACCACGCCAACCACAAUAUACGUGGACCCACCUCCCCAAGACCAGCCGAGUCAUAGCUCGGACCACCGUUCAAUAGAAACACUCGUUGUCGUGUUAGCCGUCAUCACCAUUUUAUCCGUUUUAGCAAGCAUCUUCGCUCGGCUCUGCGGCGGCCGUCAUUUAUCUAACGCCGGAGACCACGACAUCGAAGGUUGGGUCGAGAGAAAGUGCCGUAGCUGCAUUGAUGCUGGCGUCCCCACGGUCGCCGCACCUCCUCCUCCAGCGACGGAAGCAACAGUGGAGGAGCAGGGUAAGGCAGCAGCCGCGGAAGAGCAAAGCAAGAAGUGAAGUAAGAAAAUGGGUAUUCUUCGAUUAAGCUCUUAACAUUAUGUAAUCUCAUUAACUUUUAAGAUGUCAUUUUGUAUGUACCUUAUUCUACAAACAUUGAUUUGAGAUUUUUCUCUAAUGUUUAAUGAUAAGUAUUUGAAAAAAC